UACAUCUCAUUCUCUACCAGCUCCCAAAAGUAAACCAUCACAUAUUCACAACAUACCUACUAGCAAUUCGAAUUCUUUUAUUAAUAAUGGCGGCCACGACUAUCCGAGUUAUCGUCUUCGUGACAACUAUGACUAUGGCACUCACGGUUCUCCUCACCAUGAAGCAUCUCAGCUUCGACGAAAGCAGCAGCCUCCACGACAAUACUGCUGCUGAUGAGGUUCUUGUAAUGCCGUUUAAAAGAGUGAACCGUUUUCUCGCUGAGGAGCGAAACCCGAGAGCCGCUGAUCACUGCCACAAAGACAAUGAAGUGUGUAACUACCAAGGAACAAACUCCACUUGCUGCAACAACAAGUGCCUGGACCUAUCAACUGACAACAAGAACUGCGGAGCCUGCAAGAACAAGUGCAAGUACACGGACACGUGUUGCAGAGGAGAAUGUGUGGACACUACGUACGAUAAAAGGCACUGCGGAGAAUGCAACAAUAAAUGUUCCCCUGGGGGUUAUUGCAUAUAUGGUCUCUGCGACUACGCUUGAUUAAGAUCCCGCCAACAUUAAUACAUUAUUAUUUCUGGUUAGUUAUCAGCGAUAUAUAUCAAGAAUGAUGUUCGCCGAUAUCUAAUCAUACUAUCAAUAAAGAAAAGCCACAGCUUGUGGUUGUUAUAUAUAUACACCGCGAGAUACUAAGAUUUUUGUGAAUUGAUCACAAUAUACAAGAUUGUAAUGUGUACAUGGAUGUUUUUCUAAGGUGCAGUAUCAUAUGUUUUGCGAGUAUGGAGCCGUUUGGCUAAUGUAAACAAGUUAUUUAUGAGAGUUAAGUUAUAUAUUUUGAGAA